GGGACUGAGCUCAGCUACAUACAAUUUCAAGCAUCAUGCCUGUGGCAGCCAUCAGCACAGAGCAUGCUGUGCCCCAGGUGCUGGACACACUGAGCGACAGCACCAGCUCCACCACUGCCAAUGAUCUGGACCUCAUCUUCCUCAAGGGCAUCAUGGAGAGCCCGGUGAGUGCAGAGAGUCUGGAGGAGACCCGACUGGAGGCUGUGAGGGACAAUAAUGUGGAGCUGGUGCAGGACAUUCUGAGAGAGCUGAGCCCCUUUACACACCGCAGCAACACAGCAGCAGAGCUGUCCCGCAUACUCAACCAGCCACACUUUCAGUCUCUGUUGGAAACCCAUGACUCUGUGGCCUCUCAGACGUGUGAGUCUCCACCUCCCAGCCCCUGUGCUUUCAUGGAGCCACCCAUCAGCACCGCACAGGUGCCUGCUGAUGCCAUCCGCAUGGUGGGCAUUCGCAAAGUGCCUGGAGAGCACCUGGGUGUGACAUUUCGUAUUGAGAAUGGAGAGCUGGUGAUCGCCCGUAUUCUCCAUGGGGGGAUGAUUGAUCAGCAGGGUCUGCUUCACGUGGGUGACAUCAUCAAAGAGGUGAAUGGGAGAGAGGUGGGUGACGACCCUCGAGUGUUGCAGGAGGUACUGCAGGAGACCAGCGGCAAUAUUGUGCUCAAAAUCCUUCCCAGCUACCAGGAGCCACAUCCCCCCCGACAGGUUUUUGUGAAGUGCCAUUGUGAUUAUGAUCCUGCCAAUGACAACCUCAUUCCAUGCAAGGAGGCGGGACUAAUGUUCUCAAGUGGAGACAUCCUGCAGAUUGUUAACCAGGAAGAUGUGAACUGGUGGCAGGCACGUCAUGUGGAGGGAGGCAGUGCUGGACUGAUUCCCAGUCAACUUUUGGAGGAGAAGAGGAAAGCUUUUGUUAAGAGAGAUGUUGAGCUUUCACCAGCAGCCAAUCUUUGCAGUGGAAUGGUGGGCAAAAAGAAAAAGAAAAUGAUGUAUCUGACUACAAAAAAUGCAGAUUUUGACAGGCACGAGUUACUGAUUUAUGAGGAGGUGGCAAAAGUUCCACCAUUUCGCAGGAAGACACUGAUUCUGAUUGGUGCUCCUGGUGUGGGCAGACGAAGUCUGAAGAAUAAGCUGCUGGUGUCAGACCCUCAGCACUACGGCGUCACCAUUCCCUACACCUCUAGAAAGGCCAAAUCUGCAGACAGAGAGAAUAUGAUGUAUGCCUUCACAUCCCGGAGUAAGAUGGAAGCUGAUAUUAAAGCUGGCCGCUACCUUGAACAUGGCGAAUAUGACGGCAACCUCUAUGGCAUCAAGAUUGACUCCAUUCAUGAGGUAGUGGAGGCUGGACGCAUCUGCAUCCUGGACGUCAAUCCACAGACCCUAAAAGUGCUCAGGACAUCAGAGUUUUUGCCGUACGUGGUGUUCAUUAAAGCCCCUGAGUUUGAGGUACUGAAAGCCAUGAACAGAUCUGGAAUUGAGGCAGGAGUGGCGACAAAACGAAAAACAGACGCAGAGCUGAAGAAGACCAUAGAGGAGAGCGCCAAGAUUCAGAGGGUGUACGGACACUACUUCGACCUUACUAUAGUAAACGAUGAUUUGGAAGAGGCCUACAGUACACUCAAAUCCUCCUUGGAGAAGUUAAAGGGGGUUCAGCAGUGGGUUCCGGUCGGGUGGGUCUUUUAGAGCUACAGCUAAUGGAUGUUUCCAGUGACACUUUAUGCCAGUGCUGACUGGUUUAUAUCAUCAACCUCGUGCCAAUAUUCUACAGUGAGCAGAGAGAUCUGACUCAGACAUGAGUGUGUGUGAGUGUGAGUGUGUGGAUUCGCCAUCUACCUUUUACAAACACAGCUACAUCCUGAUACAAACCUCAGAACCAAACCUAUUGCAAAAUCUUGUGUCAGAAUUUAGCUACCGUCUCACCGUUUCAUUUAGUUUAGUUCAAGCAUCAUUUAUUAUCGUUUUAGCAUCAUAAAAGAUUAGUAAAAGAAGAAUCCCUUGAAGAGUAAGAUGAGUUCAUUUCAGUAACGUAUUUGUGUAAGAUAAAAUUAUAAUAUUUUGUAGAGAACAUUUAGAAUUUUCAUAAUCGAUUGGCUAAAGUUUUUUUGUUUUGUUUUGUUUAUUUGUAUUGUCAGGCCUGUAGCCAGCCUGGUGAAAGGGGUGGUUCUUUUCUCUCAAUAUUGGACCUUUCUGCAGUUAUUCGCCUCAUUUUUUAUUUAACUACGAAGUUAAAUAUUUAUAGUGCAAAUAGCUACUGCAUUUUAGUGACAUUUUAAGCACUAUUUAUUUCUGGAUUCACUUAUUGGGCGGUCAUCAUAACUACACUUUUUGAUGUACAAAAACAUUUCCUUAAGAUUUAAAAUGAAGGAAUAUUAAAAAAAAAAAACUUAUUUAGACAUAUUAUUUUCAUCACAUAUCAUUCGGAAAAAAGGAACCUGAUAAAGUUUUACACUACCAGGGAUCAGAAGGAUUUUAAAAUGUUUAAAAAUAAGCUUCUCCUGCUCAACAAGGCUGCAUUUAUUUCAUCAAAAAUACAGU